AUCUUGAUCUCGGAAUCGAAUGUCGACCGAACAGAGCGAGGGACAAGGGAUCCCGUAGCCUGUCGACAAAAGAUUUAUUGUGUUUCAAAUAGUUUACAAAUGUUAUUUACAGUUAAUAAGGUUAUUUUUCUAAAGAUAGUGAAAUGUAAUGUUUGGGAAUGGUGUAGAGCUUAAUGGAACGAGAAGGAUUUGGUGUGAACGUAGAGCCAAAGAAAUUGAAUGAAUAGAUCACUGACUCCUGCCGAGUGGGAAGAUCGCGGGAAAAAUUCUCCUCGUUAUAAGCAAUAAUUAGACUUGAAACGUGUGCAGGUAGUGAAAUUUGGGUGUUCUCCUGCUUCUGGAAAUCGAAAGCUUUCGGGUGUCGGCCUUUUGUGCGCACAGGGAUCGGACUCUCCAGUAUACAUGUAUGUGACACGAUGAGUUAUAAUGGAGGUUUCGUGGUGUUAUCAUUCUUUCUGCGACAAGGGCUAUCUUGGAAAUGUACAAAGCAGUGACUAAGGUCUUCCUGAUAAUAACUGAAAUUCCCGGCCGGCCGGGCAAAAGAGUGUGUUGAUCUUGAAUACGGAAGAGUCAAAAACGAUGGACUGGUCCGAUAUCUUUUAUUUGUGCGACACUGACACGCGACACAGUAGCCAUUGAAGAUUGAGUGCCUCUGUGCAUGUGAGUACGUGUGUGAGUGUUUCAUGGGUGCAUAUGCAAAUGCAUGGGUGAUCAAAUUUUUAACCGGUAGCUUAAAAAACUCCUCUCAAAAUGGGGAUUGAUCCUUCUAAAGACUUAGCCUCGAAUUAAAUUUCUUAAACUUUUCAUUUAUGUUAAAAAUUCAAGCACUCCAACAGCUAAAAAAUUAGAAAAAAACUCGUUUUAAAUACACAUUCUAACCUUAAUUUUCAAGUAAUAUUUUCCGUAUUUUCAUAUAAUACGUAUUUUCAUUUGAGUAUUGCAUAGGGAUCGAUCCCCAAAAAAAUCUAUAGCUGCUAUUACUAUUAUUCAUUUGGUUGACCUUCCGGCUUCUUAAUCUCUCUUUUUUAAUGUUAAGUUGUUGCGAAUAUCUUAAUAAAAAUUGAAUAAAACAGUCCCUUAGUCAAGGGUUUUCGGGAACUCGGACCUUCUUAAAUUUACCAAGGAAGUAACAUGCAAAAAAGGGACAAUAGAGAAAGUCGAGGAAAAGAGGAGAUGGUGCUCGUUGUAAAUAGUGACAGAGAUCGAGAAGUAAACGCUAUUAAAAGGGCCUCCCGCAGCAGUGGUAAUGCUGCAAGAUCCAACAUGCACUCCUCCAGGCACAGUGUCACCUCAUCCGGAAACAUGCUCAUGGUGGGACCCAAUUUUAGAGUCGGCAAAAAAAUAGGCUGUGGUAACUUCGGAGAACUUCGUCUCGGCAAAAAUCUUUACAAUAACGAACAUGUAGCAAUUAAAAUGGAACCAAUGAAGGCAAAAGCGCCACAACUUCAUUUAGAAUAUAGGUUUUACAAAGUAUUAGGUGCUCAUGUUUAUAACGCGCAUAUAGAAGGAGUCCCGGAGGUAUAUUAUUUCGGUCCAUGUGGGAAAUUCAACGCGUUGGUAAUGGAACUUCUUGGUCCCAGUUUGGAAGAUCUCUUUGACCUCUGUGGAAGAAGAUUUACACUGAAAACCGUUCUUAGCAUUGCCACACAACUUCUCCAUAGGAUAGAAUACGUACACAGUCGACAUCUAAUUUAUCGUGAUGUGAAACCGGAGAAUUUUCUAAUAGGACGAAGUACAACAAAACGAGAAAAAAUUAUACAUAUUAUUGAUUUUGGAUUGGCCAAAGAGUACAUAGACUUGGAAACAAAUAAGCAUAUACCUUACCGGGAACACAAGAGUUUGACUGGAACAGCGCGAUAUAUGAGUAUCAAUACUCAUUUAGGAAAAGAACAAAGUAGAAGAGACGACUUGGAGGCUUUAGGCCACAUGUUCAUGUACUUCCUGAGAGGAAGUUUACCUUGGCAGGGAUUGAAAGCGGACACAUUGAAGGAGCGGUAUCAGAAGAUAGGAGAUACCAAACGAGCAACUCCCAUUGAAGUACUUUGCGAUGGGCAUCCCGAAGAGAUGGCCACGUACCUUCGCUACGUCCGGAGGCUCGACUUUUUUGAAACACCCGAUUAUGAGUACCUGAGAAAACUCUUUCAAGAUCUCUACGAAAGGAGAGGCUUUGCCAACGAUGGGGAAUUCGACUGGACUGGCAAAAGCAUGUCAACACCAGUUGGAUCACUGCAAACAGGACAUGAAAUUGUUGUAUCGCCGAAUCGAGAUCGACAUCCAACCACUUACAAGGACAUGGCAAGUGGAGGGGUGGGAGGCGGGGGCGUUAAAGGGGUGGGACCCACGUGGUCUGAUACAGCGAAGCAAUCAGGGGCUGGUGGCACAUUGACACCCGCCGACAGGCAUGGUUCCGUACAGGUGGUUUCUUCAACCAAUGGAGAAAUAGGAAACGAUGAUCCAACUGCAGGACAUUCGAAUACACCAAUUACAACACCUCAGGAAGUCGAAAUGAUUGAUGAGACCAAAUGUUGCUGUUUCUUUAAAAGAAAGAAGAAGAAAAGUGGAAGACAGAAAUGACUGUCAGUAUCGGUCAGGCUCGGGGGGGUAGUACCAAAUGCAGUUAUUAGUGCUGGGGGGAAUGGAGGAAGAAUGGGAGGACAUACUGGAAAACUUGGGGGUCGAGGAAGAGAAAAUAGUGGUGAUCUUGAGCGAGAAGCUGUUACAUUGUUACGAGCCAGCAGUCAUUCAGCGUCUCGUGAUUCUGUGCUUCAUACGACCAUCACUAUGACUCCUACACCUACACCACCGCCGUUGUCAAACUAAAAACCGCACAGCCAUUGUUAUUAUUAUCGCUAUGAAAUCACUAUUACUGAUAUGAUGCUAUUACCAUUAUUCAAUCAUUAUUCAAUCAUUAUUGAAUCAAUGCCACCAAAUGUCGUCAUCCACAUCACCGAAUUCUAGUGUUUCUUUUUCGAACAUUUUGCCGAGAGUAGUUUAGUAGCCACUUGAAAUCUGAUAUUGGUAUUGUUUCAUUUUCUAAAUUAUAGUUCAACAUUUCUUAAUUUUAUACAAACUUCUUUACUCGAGAACAGUAACAGCUGUUAGAUUUUAACUUUUGCAAAUCUAUUACCUACUCUGUAAUAUUUCCAAUCAAUCUGAGUUCUAUAUUUAUUUUCAAAUCGCAAUUUCUCAAAAAAAUUCAAAUAUUUUUAUUUAAUUUAGAUAAUAAAUAUUACAUUCAUUAUAUGAAUUUUUGAAAAACUUAUAUCUUGUACAUUUUUUGUUGUAAAAUUGUGUACAAAAUAUUUUUUUUAAAAGUGCAAAUCCUGUACUUUUAUGAAAAAAAAAGAAAGUAGUAAAACAAUCUAAAUUCAAUAGUACUAAUCUACUCACGGACACAAAACAAAAACUAGUAUUCAAAGUCUAUGUACUUAUAGCAAUCCUUGCGAAAGAAUUUUUUUUUACUAUUAAUUUGUCCAUUUGUGCUUUAGUGAAAAAUAGAAGUACGAUUACCUGAAACGGAAGUAAUCGUAGGAUCAAAGUAAUAUUGUGGUUUUAAAGUAUAAUGCUUAGUGAACCAGGUAAAAUUUGAAAUGUAAUUCCUCUAGUGUUUAAAAGACCGCAAAUUUAUACGAUUAUAAAUGAAGAAAAAAAAAUGUUUUUUUUCUCUUUUUUAAACUAAACGUGGCUUGAUGAAAAGAGAAGAAUUUCUUUCCUUCUUAUCACUGAUAAAAGUUUUCUUCCAUUUUCCCUUUUGAUCAUGCCAGAGAAGAAAGAUAAAAAAAUAAAGUAGCGCACUUGGUUUCAAUUCGUCCAGUAUGCAAGAGCGAAGCAAGCGUAAUAAUUUUAAGUUAAUCAUACACAUGAACGUGCGAAAAUACGAAACGAUAAUUAUAAGUACCUACAAAAACGAUUUCGUUAAUUUUCUCACAUUUAUUAUAUUGCGAAGAAUUUAAAGCUCGCAUGAAAUUUCUUAAGCUCUGAAUGACUAUGCGAACAAAUUUUUAAAAAAAACCUUUUAAUAUAAUAUGACUGACUGUUGGUUAAGUAUGGUUGUGAAUUUUCCAAUUAAAAAGUAUUUCAGCUCUUUCUUAAUACGGCCCUUGUGUGUGCCUCAAUGAUGGAAUUAUUAUAUUUAUAGAGUAACCAAUUUAAAAAACAAAAAAAAGUAAAAACACAUACAUUGUUCAUAUGUAUAUUUGUUAAUUUUGUCUUCAUACACAUUUGAUACUUGUGUUUACAAGUUUUUUUGCUUUCGUCAAUUCGCUAAUGAAUUUAAGAUCUUUACAAGAUUUAAUAGAAAUUUUUAUUUUUUAACACUCGUAGCGAGCAGGCCUUGGAAUUGAAAGAAAUGUUACUUUCUAAUUUUUAGCCCCAUGUAAAUCGUUAAAAUGAUUAAAACCGAAUUUGUAUUACUUUCUCAUUGGGAAAUUCGAAUUAUAAAAUAGUAAUUUUAUCGUUAAUUACAUAAUACUUUUUAUUGAGAUAAUUUUAAAAAUAUGUUUAAUUGCAUCAUUUAUUUGGUCGAAACUGAGUGAGAGGAAUGCAUAUAUAGACGAUGCGAAACUGACAUUUAUCAGAUAUGUAGGAGUAGAAAAUGGAUUACCUAAAUUUUUAGCUUCUUUUUUGGAAGCUGAGAAACUUACACUCUAAUAGCAGCAUUGAUUUUGAAUCAAAUAUUUUUCAUUUUUCAUUCUCUCCAUCCAAGCAAAUUUGAAAUGUGAACCGAAAAAGAAGGAAAAUAAUUUUAACCAAAGUACCGAAAGUCAAGUAAUUUUGUUUUCUAUUUGUUCUUUUCGUUGAAUUAAAAGUUUAAAGAUUUUGAUAGACUAUCGAUAAAUUUCGCAGCUUAAAGAGAGUUAUUAAAGGAAUUGGCAGCUUGGGUUUGUAAAUAAUAAUUAACUUCCUGAAUAAGAUGCGAUGCAAAGUUAGAGAAAAUUAAACAAAGUGUAUUAGCUUUGAUUUACAUACAUACCUAAUUUUAAUAAUAAUAGAUUUAAGAAUAAUGACGAUUAAUAAACUAUUACCACUACGACGAUUAUUAGUCAUUCGAAUGCAAUGAAUUUAAUACUUACACACUAUAGGUAAGCGAUGCGUCUUGACUGUUGACUAAGAUACCUUCAAUUAUGUCAGUUAUCUAUUAUAUUGUCUAAAAUUGUCUGCGAUCAAUUUUUUCAAAUUUAAUACUCAUUAAUAUAGUAGAAAAUAAUUAAAUUGCAAUUGCACGUUACAUAUUUUCUUUUAUAAUUCAAUUAUUAACAGUGUAGAUAGUAAAACAAAACUAAAAAUCAGUGAAAUAAAAUUUCAAAAAUAUUUCGUUAACCAUUCUCAAACUUUGUCAUAAACAAACAAAAAUGAGAAAAUAACAAUUUUUUUCAAAUUAUGUAUAAGACAAGUUUAAAUAAUAAUGUUACUAAAAAAUUUGUUUGUUUCAAUUUUGACAUAUUUGUUAAUUCUAAAUUGUAAAUAAGAAAACACGGUACAUUUUAACAAAGAAAUUUCUAUUUCACUGACUGUCUAAUGAUUCUGUAUCCUGCUAAUGUUAAUAAUUAAAUUGUUAUAAAAGAGACAAUUUUAGACAAUGAAAUACAAAAUAACUUAAAUAUUUAGUAAAAUUUUUCUCCUCAUUUAUAGGAGUUACGUUCGUUCCGUUCCAAUAAUUAUCUCCGGAGAAAGAAUAAUGUGCGAACUUUAUUUUUGUGCAAAAAUUUAUUUACAAUUCAUUUAGAAUUGUUGUUCAGUGUUUGACAUUUUAAAAAGAGAAUGACUUUUGGGAUAUUAUUGGAAUUGACGACGUGCAUUUUUUGAUAACCUAAUUUAUAGAUUGCUUUAAGACUAAAUAAUAAUUAUUAUCUAUUCUAGUUUUUUUUUUUUUUGUGUACAUAAUGAAAUUGUUUGAGUAAGAUUCAUUGUCGAUCAGUUCUGACAUUUAAUAAGAGCUUUUGCAUUAAGCUCUUUUCAUUUACUCUACAUACAUGUAAACUGUGAUUGGUCUUAAUUUUUAAUUCGUAAUAAUCAACUGUAUCAUUAAUUUGUUAUUUAAGGAUCAACUCCAAGUGAGUUUAUCGGAUGCGACGCUCUGGCAGAAAGAAAAACACGGACUGCGCGGAUGCUUAUUCCUUGUAAAUAUUGUCAUUUGUGUCACGCGCUUAGAAGUAAAAAAAAAAUCGUUAUGAAGUACUCUGUGUUUUUGUUUGCAACAUAGAUCUCAGAGAUUCCUCUCGUUGCUUUCAAAAGUAAUAAUUAAAUAUAAUUUAUAUUA